CUGCAUUGCAUUCAUGAGUCUCCUUUCUGUGCGUAUCAGUGCAGCCAGCUGCAGAGCGUCUUGUCAUGAGCAGUGCAUUCACAUGCUCUGUUUAUUUGCGCAACACAACACUCCCACAACGCACCCACCCAGCCAGGCAUGAACGCUCAUUGAAGACGACCAUUUGAGCAAAAACUGACUGAUACGUUCGUUUGCACAGCACACCGACUGACUGACUGACUGACUGAAGGCAUAGCUGCAGAGUGCGGCAUCCACACAUUUAGGACACGCACACACACACGAUCAGCCCAUGCCCAAUGGGAAAACAUACACACUCGCCUUCACUGCACCGCCCCAUCAAUAAAGACAUCAGACAAAUGACUGCUCCCAAGUCCCCGAAAACGACACGCUGCCAUCCUGAUCAGUGGACACCCCGGCGGGGUGGGAAUGACGAUCGUCAAGGUGUCGAUGGGCAUCUCGAGCAGGGAUGCCGCAGUGUGCGCCCUUCCUGAUGCGGCCGUAGCAAUAGCCGCCGACAGCAAACAGGUCCCACAGCCUCUCGAGCAUAUUCUCGUUCGGGAAAAGCCUUGGCUGGGCCACACGAGAGCAGACCAGGGUGAGCAGAGUGCGGUUCCCACACACACGAGCAGCAUAUGGCCGCAUAGCCGAAGGCUGCACACACACGGGAGGAAACACAGGAGGGCCGGACGACAAAAGUAUCCGUCUACCUGCGUCGACUUACGAGCGUAGAGGAGGAUGGCGGCCAUCGUGAUGACGCCAUACUUGCACGCCACAAGCUGCAAAGCUAUGCUGUGGUACGUCCCACAGACAAACAGCACAUUGAGGAUUGCCAGCAGAGGGCCUCCCGCUGCAAACAAAGCACCAAACGAUGGCAGAGAUGGGAUGGCAACUCACUGCAAAGAGUGUCUUCGCAGCUCGCCUGCUUACCGAUGCCGCACAUGGCGACGAUGCCGGCACAUAAAUUGACGUCAGGCAUCAGGACAAUCACACUCGCUCCCAAGGCCGCUUUCCAUCAAAGAGCCAAG